GCAAGAAAUGUAUCAGGCCCACCGUGAAGAAAUAUGUAUGUAUCAGGCCAAGGGUCUUUUUUAAUGAAUUCGUGGGCUUUUACUCUGAAAUCAACCUAAACAAGCCAGGGCGGCGUCGUCAAAUCUUUGUGCAUUUCAUUUUAUGCACACCAGGUGUUUGAUCAAUUGCCUCACCCAAUGCAGAACUAUAGAAUUCUCAGACCAUUCUUCUCCGAGCUGCAACUGCAACUACGUUCCUACGUCGUUCCUCGUGACCCCUUCCCCUCCAAAGUUUCCCACUACCUCACCCGCGCCAAGCUCAUCGACUCCAUUCGCCUCACUCUCCGUUCCGACACCGCCAACUCUUCACUCCCCACUCUCGUCAACCACCGUCUCGUAGACUCCUUCGUCGUCACCCACGCCCUCCGUUCCGCCCCUUCUGCAGAUUCCGCACUCUCCCUCCUCCAUGCACUCGAGGAUAGCCCCUAUUUUUCCCAUACCCAAAACACCCUCCAUGCCCUCGCCACCGUGCUCGCCAAGUCCGGUCGACGCGCCGAGCUCAAAUCACUCUUGGAUGAUAUCGAAGCGAAACGGUUCGGCAAUGUUAAGUUCAGCUUGAUGACCCUCUUGCAGUGGCAUGCUGCUGCUAGGGAUGUUGACUCUGCUCUUAGGGUUUGGGAUCAGUAUAGGCUUGACAAUACUCAUGCCUGCACUGAAUCUUACAAUGUUGUUAUGGCUCUUUGUGUUGAAAUGGGGAAUGACGCGGAGGCGGUGCGAGUUUUUCAAAGGAUGAUUGAUGAAGGGUCGCUUCCGAAUUGCAGAAGCUGUACUAUUAUAAUGGAGCACCUUGUGAAAUCCCAGAAAUUGGCUGAAGCCAUGGAAGUUUUUAACAUGAUGCCUUUGAUGAGGAUCAAACGCACUGGGAAACAGUACUCCAUUUUGAUUGAAGGUUUCGCUGGGAGCAAACGGUUCGGUGAAGUCGGAAUUUUAGUUAAUGAGAUGCAAGUUGAUGGUAUAAUGCCUAGCCGAGAAGUGAGUCUGUCACUGCAGCAGAUGCAGGAGGAAGGACUUCUUAAGGGUGUGGACGAGUUUCUUAGAGAAUUGUUACGAGAUGAAGGAAAUCAGGGAAUCAAGAAUGUGAGAUAUUCUAUUGAUAGUGGUGAGGAGGAUGAAGGAGACGACGAAGAUGAGAGCGAGAAUAAUGUUGAUGGGAUACACUUGAAACCGUGGCUUGACCCGCAGGCUUUGGCUAGUGCCUUGAAGAAUUGGAGUCCUGAUGAGGUAUCAGCACUAGAAGGUGCAAACUUUGUGUGGACGACCAGGUUGGUCUGCAAGAUACUUAGAAAAUUGAAGUCACCAGAAACUGCAUGGAAUUUCUUCUGUUGGGUUACUAAUCAACCUGGAUUUACUCAUAACAUAAACACGGUGCAAAGAGUCAUGACCCUUCUAGCACGCCAUGGACAUUCUGAAUUGGUUGAUAAGCUCAUCUCCAAGAUUAGAGCAGAGGGAAUGAGACUGCCAUUCAGCACCAUCAGGCUAAUUAUUGAUUUUUAUGGGCUUUCCAAAAAUGCUGAUGCUGCUCUGAAGGUUUUCAAUAAUGAUAGAAUACUUUGUGGGCCCAUAUCAAAUGUUAAUCUGAUGCUUCUGUAUUCCUCUCUUCUAAGAACAUUAACCAAGUGUGGAAGGAAUUCCGAUGCCCUGGAUAUGCUUGAUGAGAUGAUUUUAAAUGGAAUUUGUCCAGAUAUCCAAACAUUUUCAGGUCUAAUGCACUAUUUUGCAAACCUUGGAGACAUUAAAACGGUGCGGAAGCUCUUUACAAUGGUCAGGCAGAUCGGUUUAGAGCCAGAUGCUUAUCUGUAUAAGAUACUAAUCGAAGGUUAUUGCAACUCAAAAAGAGCUGCACUGGCAUGGAAGCUAUUUGAAGACAUGAAGAAUUCAGGUUUCUUGCCUGACUCUGCCACCAAAAUGUUGCUAGUGAAGAGUCUCUGGAAAGAAGGGAAACGGAAAGAGGCUGCAGCAGUGGAAGAGAGCUGUGAGGAAAUCAAGUCACCCCUUCCACUUGCAUUGCCUGGUCAUUCAUGGACUGUCAGUUCUGCAGAUCUCACAAGAGUCUACAAUAUUUAUUCAAAUUCUUUUGCGUCAAAUGAUGGUUAGAGUUAUCAAUAGGUCUAUAGGAUGGAUCUAUUUCAUGCUUGAAAUCCCAGCACACAGUGUAAGAACAACCAAAUUCCCCAACUUUGAAUUUUGAAGAUUUGUUGUUGGCCAGGACAUGAGAUUGAAGCUCCAAAAUUAGCUCUUUUUUCUGAUGAAUACUUAAUGCUUUGUUGUAUUCACUUGAUUAAGUGCUAGAAAUCAUCUUUGCAUGAUCAUAGAUUAAAUGAAUUUCCAGUUGGUGUGUGGAGAGCUAUUUUGUUAUGCUGACAUCUGCAAUUUGCAGGGCA